GAAGACCUGUCUCGUUUCGGGGGGGCCAUGGACGGGGUUGGGGUCUACGGAGACCCUCACGCGCCCCGGCCGCUACCGCAGGUCCACCACCUGAACCACGGGCCGCCCCCCCACCCCCCACAGCACUACGGAGCGCAUGCGCCGCACAACAUCCUGCCGGGCAGCGUGGGGGGGUCGAUGAACGAGGCCCUGAGGAGGGACAAGGACCAGGUGUACGGGCACCCCCUGUUUCCGCUCCUCGCGCUGGUCUUUGAGAAGUGUGAGCUCGCGACCUGCACGCCCAGAGAGCCAGGUGUGGCGGGAGGUGACGUCACCUCCUCGGACUCCUUCAACGAGGACAUCGCCGUGUUCGCCAAACAGAUCCGCGCGGAGAAACCUCUGAUCUCCUCCUCCGACCCGGACCUCGACAACCUGAUGAUUCAGUCCAUCCAGGUGCUCCGCUUCCACCUGCUGGAGCUGGAGAAGGUGCACGAGCUGUGUGAUAACUUCUGUCACAGGUACAUCAGCUGUCUGAAGGGGAAGAUGCCCAUCGACCUGGUCAUCGACGAUCGUGACGGCUGCAAGUCGGACUUUGACGACUUGUCCGGGUCCUCCACACACCUGGCCGACCACAAUCCUGCGUCCUGGAGAGACCUGGACGAUACCCACUCCACGCUAUCCAUAGGGACCCCAGGGCCGUCCAGCGGGGGACACGUCUCUCAGAGCGGGGACAACUGCAGUGACAUGGGUGACGGACUCGACCACGGCCUGGCGUCACCGGGGACUGGAGACGAGGACGACCUGGACAAGAAGAGGCAGAAAAAACGAGGGAUCUUCCCCAAAGUGGCCACAAACAUUAUGAGAGCGUGGCUGUUCCAGCAUCUCACGCACCCGUACCCGUCAGAGGAGCAGAAGAAGCAGCUCGCACAGGACACAGGCCUCACUAUCCUGCAGGUCAACAACUGGUUCAUCAAUGCGAGGAGAAGAAUAGUUCAGCCGAUGAUCGAUCAGUCCAACAGAGCAGUGACUCAGAGUACUCCCUACAGUCCAGACGGCCAGCCAAUGGGUGGCUUCGUACUGGAUGGACAGCAGCACAUGGGCCUCAGAGGAGGUCCGAUGAGUGGCAUGGGAAUGAACAUGGCGAUGGAUGGACAGUGGCACUACAUGUAGAGCUGCACGCCAAGGCCUGAUUCUCUCACAGGGUUAUGUCUCCAUGGUGACUCAGGGAUCUUCUUCCAUCAGGCUGUGAGCUGAGGACCACAUACCCCAUUGGACCUGAUCACCCCCCCCCCCCCACCAACACACACAUACACACAGGGGGCAUGCCUCAUAGGAUCACCGUGGUACAGCCCCCCGAUCGAACGAGAUAAGAUAAAAAGAUAAGAUAAGAUAUACUUUAUUCAUCCCAGCAGGGAAAUUUAGGUGUUCCAGCAGCCAGCAUACAUAC